GUAAAGGGCACUGAGACUGAAGGCAAGCACAAGGGAAUGCCAGAAGAAGACUUGCAUGAAUUGUGUCCUGACCAGUCGGAAUGCCCUGAUGGUGCAACUUGCUGUGAAGUAGAAGAAGGUGGUUAUGGCUGUUGUGCCUAUGACAAGGCAACAUGCUGUGGUGAUAAGGUGCAUUGUUGCCCACAUGGCUAUUGGUGCACAGAUGAGGGAUGUGACAGAAUGCCAGAAGCGAAAGAACAUUAUGCACCAUUCUUGCUGAAGCUUUUUAAUACUAAGAAAACAGAAGUGUAGCAUGAUGCUGUAAUUCACUCCUAAUUUUUUGUUUUUGUUUUGUUACUGAAAUUAUUAAUUUUAAUUUUAUCAGUUCUCAUUCAAGAUUUUUUUAUAACAAUUGUGAUUUUUUUUUCUAAAUGGAAGAUGGGUGCUAUUAUCCAUCGAGAUAUAUUUUCCCUUUAUAUAGUGAAAUGUUUUUGUCAAAAGAAUUUGGAGAAAAAAAAUUAACCUUUAAUUAAUUUUUUAAGAACUUGUGCAGCCCAUCUGUUGUAUUUUAUGAGAAAUUUCAGUCUUAAGGAAAGUGAUUAGUGGAGGUAGUAUCUCUCAGUAAAAUGUAUAAUUUUUCUAUCUACCUAAAUUUGUAAAAUAUUUUUUUUUAUCCCCAAUAGCAUGUUAAUUUAUCCUAGUACCUUUGUAAUUCUGGAAUUUACUCAAAACUUGUGAUACCUCAAUCCUUUGUGUUCACAAAAUUGCAAUUACAAAUUUAGCAUUAGGUAUAAAAAGUUUCUAUUAGCAGGUAUCAAGGUUAUACUACAUAAAAUAAAAAACUUUAUGUAUAUUAUGAAUUUUUAACAAAUUGUAUAGAAUUCUCAUUUAUUCAUACAUUAAACUAGUAUCCCAUAUAUGAGCUGAGAUCAGAUAAAUAAUUUGUAAGUUGGGAAGUAGUAUUUUGUAUAUGAGUAAACUUUUUGAACAAAAGUAAAA